CUUCAAUCGGGUCUCCCUUACCGUGUCUUCGCUGUCCGGUUUCCCUCUGAUUGGCUCUAGUACAGCUCGCUAAAGCCCAAUCAACAAAGUGAGCGGACAAAAUGGCGCAAAUGAAACAACGGCGCCUGGGAGGAGCAGUAGCCUUGGUAUGUUUGCGGAAGUACACCACGAGUUUCUGAUGUUUUGAUGAAGGUGGCUCCUCUGCGGUGAGAUAACGGUGCUUGAUAUUGUCUCAAACAGAGAGGACUCACCUGUCUGUGAGCAUGGCCCGACCUCUGCAGCUCCUCUCCAUCCUCUCCAGGUUUGGUGCUCUGUCACUGAUGCCCUCAGCUUCUACUGUUAACUGCUGUCGGUUUGCAAGCAGAGGAGCCAGCAAGGCCUGGCUGGGACAGAGCCAUGGUCACAGAGACAGAGCAUCUAAUAACAACAGAGCUUCAAGAUACAGAGAGGAGAUGUCUGAUGAUGAUGAACUGGAGGAUGUUGAGGAUGUAGAAGACAAGCUCCAGACCUUGGUUGAUGAGCACAGAAAGGAGCAGAAGACUGUGAAAUAUCAUAUACUAAGAAGAAAGAUGACUCCAUCAGGAGCUCCACAUAGGAAACUAACCUGGGAUGCUAUUCAGCAGAUCAGAUAUCUGAAGCAAGAGCAACCAGAUGAGUGGACAGUAGAGCGUCUGGCUGAAGGCUACUCCGUCACCCCUGAAGUCAUCCUGAGAGUGCUCAAGAGCAAGUUUGUCCCCGCUCCUGAUAGAAAAGUCAAGCAGGAUGCCAGAGUGAUGGCUGGACUCGGUCAGCAGGUGUUGCCUAGGACAGAGCAGGACAGGCUGAAGCUGCCUGGACACCGCACACCAGCUCUACUCCCACCUGGGAGUAGUGAAGGUGCAGUGGUGCCUGUGGCUGAUAAGACUCUGAUGCUUCGAGGUGAAGGCUCCCUGGUUAAGAGUCCAGCUGCCUCUGUUACGCUUCUGCCCUCCCAGUUCAGAGCUGGUGUUGUUAAAGAUGUCCCUGUGACGACGAGAUCAAAAGUAGAGGACAGCGAUUCUAACACAAAUCCUGCAGAGGAGGACAAAGAGGACGAGGAGAGCUGGGAUGGACGGCUGUUGACAGACAAGGAGCUUGAAGAGUUUAUGGAAAUGGAAAAGCCUCAUCCUGUGGUGCAAGUUGGGAACGACUUCUUUGACGCAGAGGGCAACUUUUUGUACAGAAUCUGAGGACUUCCUGUGUUGGACUGUUGGCUGACUUUCUGAACAGAUUAUUGUUAAAAAUAAAAGAACAAUUUAGGUAUUCA